UUCUACCGGGGAAAGGGAAAGGGAAGAGAAGGGGGAGGGAAGGGAGUGUGCACUUCUUAGGGGCUCUUAUUGCUGCUGUGGUUCAGAGGGUUAAAAGGGGCCCACAUCAGCCCCUCCUUGACUUCCACCGGGGAAAGCGACAGGGAAGGGACCCGGCGGGCUCAACUUUUGGGCUGCCAUUUCCCAGGACUGACGGCCGGCCAGCAUCCCGGCCCGGAGAGACGCAGGAGUCCGGGUGCUGCCAGGAGCCCGAGCUGGCCGCGCUCCCGGGUCCCCGUGGAGAGUUGGAGCAAACGAAAGCGAAAGCGGCCCGGAGGAGGAGGAGGAGGAUCUGUCCGGCCGAGAGUGGCCCCUUCCCCUAGAUUGGGGUGGGGGGUCUGCCCGGGCUGGGGGGUCCAUCCACUCCCCGGCCGCCCACCCUGGGCCCGGGAAGCGGCUAAACCCCCGCCGGCUGGGCCCGGGCGGGAGGAGACGGCGGCGCCCCCGCGGAGAUUCCAGAAAAUACUGCAGUCAGAUGCAGCCUGGGCCAGCAGAGGUGGAUUUGGGGGUCUCUGGAUGAUUUCAAAGAGAGCAACUGGAGAAUGAUUCAAGCUAAUAAAUCCCAGAAGUACGAUCGUAGCUUGAGCAACACGGAUGUUCUUGGAGGACUGAGAAGGUUGAGACUUGGGCCUCUAUGGCCGAAGAUACCAGAAUGAGUCUCGCUGCUCCCCUUUGUCUGCCCACCCUGAAUACCUCGGAUCAAAUCCUGACAGCGGAAGACUGAGGUGUGAAGAGGAGGUCCCAAUGGAAGAGCAAGGCUUGGACCCCGGAGUUCUCGGGCUGACCGGGCCAGCCCCCUUGGCCCAUGGCCGAGGAGCGAGGUACUCGGAGGCUUGGGAGUACUUCCACCUGGCCACAGCCCGCUCGGGUCACCCGGCCAGUCAGUAUGCCACCUGCCGGCUCUGUGGCAAACAGGUCAGCCGGGGCCCAGGCUUCAACGUGGGGACGACGGCCCUCUGGAAGCACCUGAAGAGCAUGCACAAGCAGGAGCUGGAGAAGAGCGGGCAGCAGAGCAGCCCACACCUGGAAGUGGCCGCCCCCGCCCUCCCGCAGCCCUUGCCCAGGGCAGAGGGGGACUGGGGCCAGCUGGUGGAGCAGAUGGGCGCCCUGGCCACGCGGGGAAGCCAGCGGGAGCGGGAGGUGGAGCGGCGCGAGCGGGAGAUGGAGCGGCGCGAGCGGGCAGUGGAGCGACGUGAGUGGGCGGUGGAGUGGCGUGAGCGGGCGGUGGAGUUGAGGAGGAGAGCCGUCGAGGAGGAGGAGCGGGCCUUAGCCACAAAGAUGCAAGAGCUCCGAGUGGAGAGGGAGGAGCUGCAGGCCCGGCUGCUGGAGGCAUGCGGGAGAGAGAUCGCGUUUGCCUCGGCCCCUGCCCCGCUGCCUGCCGCCAUCAAAGAGGAAGAGGAGGAGGAGGAAGAAGAGGACAAUGACAACAUCAUGGAAAGCCACUUAGUAACCAGAGUUCUUGUUUAGACUGGCCUCGGCCAAAGCCGAACCAAAGGCGGCCUCUCUGCUCCCCAUUAAAGGAGUGGUGGCCAAGUUUUGUUUAUUGAAUGUUUAAGCCCUCCCACCCUUGUCUGCUGUCGGCCACUGAGUCGACACUGGACUGUGCCCGGUAUCUCUGGCUGCCUCUGAGGAGAGCAGUGGGCAGUGCCUGGGUCUUCAGGGGGUGACGCCAAUCCCACUGAUCAUCACGGCGGGCGAGAUCCUCCCAGAAAGGUGCUGCACUGCACAGAGGAACUGCUGCUGAGCCAGGGAUACGAGCAACUCCUGGGUCAUUUUUAAAGGUUGGAAACUUCAUCCCCAACCACAGGUGCCGUUCUCAUGCUCUGCACUGCUCCAGAAACUGGCUCCUGGCAGGGCCGCUGGGGGUGUGGUUAAAGUGUUCUGCCUGCGAUAGGGUUGGGUUUGAACCCAAGCCAGCAGCAGCAUUUUAUAUGGUUUCCUAGUUGAGGACCUUUUCACAGCACGGGUACUGUACUUAUCUUUAUACAAUCCUAUCUGUUUACCACCGUCAACCUCAAGCAGUUUGGGUAAAUUUUGAACAAUCCCGACACUAUGUCCUCUAAUAUUAAGUUAAAGAACAUGGUUUAAGCUUUGUUUUGGCCAGGAUGAAGGCUUCUCCAGGACCGGAGUCGCCGAUCGCUCUGAAGAGGUGGCUUUACGUGGCUUAGAACUUUGGAAAAGAUCAGGAGACAGGGAGGAAGGAUCCUGGGGAUGGUGGCGAGGCAGUUCUGGCUCUAAAACCCUUAUUAAAAGGGGCAGUUUUUGGA